AUGGCCGUCAGCGCGCAGGAAAGCUCCGGAAUGAGGCAGCACGGCUUCUUCGUGGACGUCGUCAGCCUCGCGCACGGAGAAGUGUCUCUAGCAUCCGGGCCGCCCCGCCCGGAGGCUCUGGAGUCUUGGGAACUUGCGGUGCGCAAGGUCUACGAGCAGCACAUGUGCAGGCUCGAGAAGCAGGUGGUUACCGCAGACAACAAAGCCUUGGAGACGGGCUUGCUGGUGCAGGACUACUGCGGGCAGAUCCAGCGCCAAGAGGAGGAGAAGAGCGAGCUCACGAGUCAGGUGGCGGUGGGGCAGAGGGAGCUCCAGAGCCUCCGCGAGGACAUGGAGGCCACCCGCAAGAAUUAUGACGGCCAGCUGGGCAUGCUCACGGAGCACAUUUGCACGCUGUCCCUGCACCUCUCCGAGAAAGACGCGAGCCUCGCAGCGUUACAGGCGCACAAGGUCCUCUGCGGCCGCUGCGGCAUGUGGAACGCCAUGGGGAAGCUCCUCGCGCAACCGGGCAACGGCACGUGCCAGACAUGCAAGGAGAAGGUACUCAGCACUGGCUGA